AUGCCUCCAAGGGCUAACCCGCCCCGAACUGCGAAAGCGAACGGCAAAGUGGCAUCCGAUAAUGCUAAUGGAAAACGCAAGCAAGAUGACUUAGAUGGAGAUUCAACGGCAGCCCUUCCAAAGAAGAAGACGAAAACGGCAAUUCCGCAAACCCUGGACGAGCAACUUCUUGCGGCCGAUCUCAACACUGAUUAUUCGAAAAGAAGGAAGAAGCUUAGGAGACAAAUGCCCAAGAAAAAGGAAUGGGGGAGGGUAAAAGAUAUCAUCACGGAGCGGGAGAAUGCACCGAAAGGGUGGAACUCCGAUGAGCCUGAUCUGAUGCCCGAAGACUUCGAAUCCCAGAUUGACCGGUGUGUUGAGCGGAUUGCGACGAAUAUCAUGCCUCAUGUCUAUCAAUAUAAGAUGAAGGAAUUUAUGCAAAGACAGGCGGAACGCGAUGCACUGAUGGCUACAGAGCCAGGUUUAAGUUGGCCUGUUGUACAACGCCUAGAGGAUCUCAAAUUCAUUUUGACCUGGCUCGAGACAGGAAACGACGUACACAAAAUGGUCGAUACGGUGAAAGCAAUCAUAGCACACUAUCGUGCAGGGGAGUUGGACUGGCAUCCGGACUUCGUUACUUAUUGGCAUGCUGGAGUUCAGCUCUGCCUGCCGCGACCUUUCCACUGGGAUGAAUACCGCCACAUCCAUGACAAAUGUCAAGGACAUGAAGGGUUUUGGGUCGAAGGUAUUCUCGGACCUGGGCCUGGAAUGAGCAAGAUUUCGAUGGUGUGCCAACCAGAUCCGCGUUUGAAUGCCACAAUGGUGAGACUUACCCUCCAGAUCCCGCACACUCCGGCUCCGGCGCCUGCAGCGGGAAAUCCACCACCCAGGCCGCCGUCCUGUGAAUUCUCGUUUAUGGAUGACACCGGGUCUACACAUAUGAGCAUAUUUGAAGAAGACAUCGAGAUUCUCCGGGUUGAUCCACGUACUGGAAGCAAAUUCCCGAUUCCCCGAUGUCUAGGUGUUGGGGUUCUUUACGUCGCAGAUGGAAGGCGGGUCCCAUCGCUAUUUCGAGAAUUCGAAGUCAAUAUGUGGAGUGAAGAUGAAUCGGGUUGGAUGUCUACCAAGUGGGAGGCGAUACCGGCUUCUAUCCAGAGCGGUAGAUCAACGAGGGGCGGCAAUGACCGUUUGAGUGGGUCAUGGCUGCGACAUAGGUUUUAUACUGGAACUUCUCCGGAUCAGUCGAUGCGUCUUUGGGUUUUUAACUAUAACCCCGGGAUACCGUGUGGUCAGAGGACUCUCCCUACUGCGACGACGGCAGAGUUAGCUGCGCCCUUCCGAACUGGAAGGCUUCACCCUGUUACAGACUUUCCUCAUCUGGACCCAACUCUUGCAACAGGGCAAAGUUUGAUCUAA